CAUCUAUAGAGUUACAAUUUCAUUCCAGGGACUGUGGUGUGCGAAAAAUGGCCAUCGCCACUCUUCUAUCCUUCUCAGUUGGCCGUCACACCUUCUCUCCCAAAACCCACCUGCCGUCUGCUACAUCUUCUCUCAAACACUCUUGCAUGCUCACUCUCUUCAACACUAAGAAGAAACCCAGAUCCUCUAAUGGAUACAGGAGGCCUAUCUCGGCCCAAUCCAAUGGCGACAACUCCGCUGAUGGCCAGGAUCGCAUAAUCUCUGCAGUCUGCUACUUCUACCCGUUCUUUGAUGGAAUCCAAUACGGGAAGUAUGUGAUUACCCAGUUUUCUCCCAUUCAGGUCCUCAUACAACCUUUGUUUCCUGCAAUUCGAGUCUUCAAGAGCUUCCCCUUUAAUGGGUUUUUGGUGUUUUUGACACUUUACUUUGUGGUGGUGAGAAACCCCAGCUUUAGUAGAUAUGUUAGGUUUAAUACCAUGCAAGCUAUAGUGCUUGAUGUGCUGUUGAUCUUCCCCGAUCUUUUGGAAAGGAGCUUUAAUCCAAGAGAGGGUUUUGGGUUGGAUUUGCUGAUGAGCUUGGACAGUACUGUGUUCUUGUAUCUACUGGUGUGUUUGAUUUAUGGGUCGACUUCUUGCUUGUUGGGUCAGCUUCCGAGGCUACCCAUUGUGGCAGAAGCCGCUGAGAGGCAAGUCCCGUGAACUCCCAUUUUAUUUGUUUCUCAUUUCAGCUCGAAUCAAAUUUUAUAGAUUUCUAUUCUACAAGACAACAACAUCCAACAGGGGGAAAGUUAUAAAUUCUUGUUGUAUGCUGAUAUAGUGGAAAUCUCAGGAAUUGGGUUACUUUUUUUCUCUUCCCUUCCCCCUCCCCACCCUGGUUCUGUUAUCAGAAAAAUAGAGAUUGUUACUCUUAAUCUUGAUUUCUGUAUUUAAGAGCAUGUAAGUUCAGCAAAUGAGGUUCUUUUCUGUAUUAAGUAUUUCAUUUCGGCUGAUUCAAAAAGUUUCAUCAUAGAUUCUUUGAACUAGUUAUCUAUCUCCAUGUUUGUUUCAGCA